AUGGCUCGUGCAGCAGUUAAAAAGGUGCGAGGAGCCGAUGAAAAGCCUGUAGUGACUAGAGAAUCAGAAUCUGAGCCCGACUCGAGCGAAUUCUCGACCGAUUCGGAGGUGGGCCUGGACGAGAUCGCCGGCGAUUCACAGGAUGAGUUCGACGAGUUUGACGAGGUCGACGAUGAAUCCAGCGACGGCGAGACGGUGAAACGGCCUAAUAAAUUUGACGACGCAAUGAAUGCCAUUCUAGGGUCCAAGAUCAAGGCCCACGACCGCGACAACCCUGUGCUUAUCCGAAACAAGCGCAUGGCCAAAGAAAUCGAAAGUGCCAAAUUAGAUGCUCAAGCUCGCAAACAAUUGAGGCUGGAGAAAUUGCAGAGCCAGGACAAGGCUCGAGUCAAAGAUAUUAUCCCUGCAGACCCGGAUGCUGCGGGAGAGGCGCUGCAGACGGAGAAGCGGUUCAGAAAGACAGCCCAGCGGGGUGUGAUUCGCCUGAUGAAUGCGCUGAGGGCCAGCCAGGUUGCCGCGAGCUCUACAUUAGCAUCGACUGCCAGCAUUGGUGUCGACAAAAAGUCGCAAGAAGUGGCCACGGCAUCGAAGGACUCUUUCCUGGAUAUGAUCCGCAGUGGAUAG